GCCCCGUCACCCGUCUGUCCGUAGCCACGCUGUCUUCAACGGCAUCCUCAUCAAAUCCUUCCGCACAUCAGCAGCGCGUCAUGGCCGUCAAAGAUACCGUCGAGUCCACGAUCGCCGACAACAAGAUCGCGAUCUUCUCCAAGUCUUGGUGCCCUUACUGCAAGCGUGCCAAGGAGUUGUUCCGCAAAGAAUUCCCCGACGAACAGCCAAAGAUCAUUGAGCUCGACGAAGUUGCCGAUGGUGCCGCCAUUCAAGACUACCUCCAAGAUAAGACCGGCCAACGGAGCGUGCCGAAUAUCUUCGUUAAUCAGAAACAUGUCGGUGGAUGCGACGACGUCCAUGCCCUUUAUGGCGGGGGCAAGCUGAAGCAGCUCGUGGCCGGAACCGCUUGAGCUCCUGUUUCGUCGAGUUCACGGUGCAGAGUGCCGUAACAUCGUACGGGAUUGUAUCCAUAUAUCCCUGAUGAGGUAUCAAGAAACCUGAGUAUCCAAAACCUGAUAGACGCGCGAUGCUCGGACCCUCUUGAGGCGAGCUAUAUGCCAUCAUCUUUGAAAUGACCUGCCAUUUCAUACGAAAGCAGCUCUCUCAAACCUCGCCAAGCUAAUUCCAAUGUUGCUAAUCCUUCUGUCUCGAACUCUGUCAACCUCGAAUGCUCCC